UGUCAUAUACUACAGUAGUACUCAUCGUGUGAUAAGGUUUUGUUGGUUAUCUCUCUAGGUGACCAAAAUGAAGACUGCAUGUCUCUAUCUGAGUCUUCUGGUAGCCAUUGUAUCGGCGGUUCAGUACGACUACUGUAAACAACACGCCCCUGCUGGGGCUGUCAAUGGCUGUAGUCUUCCCCCGCUCGUGCACUUUAACUACGAGUACCAGUUCACACCGUCAUGUAACAAACACGAUAUCUGUUACCACUGUGGUCACCAUUAUGGAAUCACCAGAUCUGAUUGUGACCACAAGUUCCUGCAUAAUAUGCUUGCUACAUGCUCCAGAAAGAGGCUGUUGAACUGCCAGCAUUCGGCCGACGCGUUUUUCGGGGCAGUCCGUACGGCCGGAGGUCUCUUCUACCGGACGGAAGUCCCGCACUACUGCACGGAAUCCUGGGUUCAUAAUUGUCUAACAUGAUGCAUACAGUCCAAAUAAAAUCAAAAGAAGCAUGUCUAAGUU